AUGGGAAGCGCCGGGCCAGCUUGGGCUAGUGAGCCCAUCGCCAUCAUUGGCAUAGGAUGCAAGUUUGCUGGUGAAGCAUCCAACCCCUCAGGCUUGUGGGACUUGCUGGCCGAAGGGAAAAGUGCCUGGAGCGAGAUUUCAGCCUCUCGUUUCAAUCCCAAGGGCGCCUAUCAUCCCAACAACGAGAAACUGAGCACAAUGCAUGUCAAAGGUGCUCACUUCAUGAAAGAGGAUGUUGGACUAUUCGACGCUGCAUUUUUUAAUUAUUCCGCCGAAACUGCCGCGACGUUAGAUCCUCAAUUCCGGCUGCAACUAGAGUCGGUUUACGAAGCCUUGGAGAAUGCCGGUCUCCCACUCGCGCAAGUCGCGGGCACAAACACGUCUGUAUUUGCCGGCACAUUUGUUCAUGAUUAUAGAGAUUCUUUGAUCCGCGAUGAAGAUAACCUUCCACGAUAUCUCCUGACUGGUUCAGGAACGGCGAUGGCCUCUAAUCGCAUCUCUCAUUUCUUCGAUUUCCGUGGCGCAAGUAUGACCAUUGACACUGGCUGCUCGACUGCCCUCGUCGCUCUGCACCAGGCUGUUCAGAGUCUGCGGAGCAAGGAGAGUGACAUGAGCGUUGUUGGCGGUACCAACAUCUUGAUCAACCCAGAUAACUUCAAGGCAAUGGGAUCUUUAGGGUUCCUAUCGCCUGAUGGUCGAUGCUUUGCAUUUGAUUCUCGUGCCAAUGGGUAUGGUCGUGGCGAGGGCGUGGCCACAAUUGUUAUCAAGCGUCUCCGAGACGCCAUUGCAAAUGGCGACCCAAUUCGCUCCGUUAUUCGUGAAACUUUGCUGAACCAGGAUGGCAAGACCGAGACCAUCACCUCACCGAGCAAAGACGCCCAGCAAAGCUUGAUGCGCGACUGCUACGCUCGGGCAUGCAUUGACCCUCUCGGCACUCAGUACUUCGAGGCACACGGAACUGGCACACCAACGGGUGACCCAAUUGAAGUCGGGUCGAUUGCUUCAGUCUUCCAAGGCAAGAAACGCUCCGCGAUCGAGCCUCUGCGUAUUGGAUCUGUGAAGACGAACAUCGGCCACACUGAGGCGACUAGUGGACUCGCCAGUGUCAUCAAAGUCACUCUGGCCAUGGAACACGGCAUGAUUCCGCCAUCUAUCAACUUUAAGAAUCCCAACCCGAAGCUCUCGCUGGAGGAAUGGGGCAUCAAGGUUGCCAGAGAAUUGGAAGAUUGGCCUGCUCUUCCAGGGACUGUUCGCCGUGCUUCUGUCAACAACUUUGGCUACGGUGGAAGCAAUUCACAUGUCAUCAUGGAAGACGGAGAAUAUUGGCUCCAGAGUCUGGGCACUGGGGCAUUCAGCAAGAGCAAUGGUGCUCAAAACGGCAUUGACUCACUACCAUCGCCAAGCUACGAGACAAACCUAUUCAUCCUCAGCGGCAAAGACGAACUGACUACUAAAGCUAUCGUCUCUAACCUGAAGAAAUUCCUCGACGAGCAGGAGAAGAAGGGUCUUAGCGAAUCAGAUGCCAAGGCACUCCUACAGCAACUUUCUUACACCCUGGGACAACGUCGUACUGUCUUCCCUUGGAUUGCUACGUACCCUCUUUCUAUUACCCAGGGUAUUGCUGCAGCUGCUACAGCACUCGAGUCCCGUAACUUCCGGGCGUCCAAGGUUGCUUCACUGCAGCCGAGAAUUGGCAUGGUGUUUACUGGACAGGGUGCUCAAUGGUAUGCCAUGGGGAGGGAAUUGAUUACAGCCUACCCGGUCUUUGGGGCGUCGAUCAAGGAGGCCGAUGCUAUUCUCAAGGACCUUGGUGCGGACUGGUCUCUGAUGGAAGAGCUUCACCGCGAUGCCGAAAGCACUCGAGUAAACGGAACCGGGUUUAGUAUCCCCAUAUGUGUUGCCGUGCAGAUCUCCCUGGUUCGUCUGAUGGAUACUUGGGGCAUCAAGCCCACCGCUGUGACCAGUCACUCCAGUGGCGAGAUUGCGGCAGCCUAUGCAGUUGGGGCAAUCACUCUCCGCAGGGCCAUGGGAAUCGCAUACUUCCGCAGCAAGCUGGCGGCUGAUUUGAGCCAGCGCUCUACUGCCAAAGGAGGUAUGAUUGCGGUAGGUCUCGGUCAUCGUGAAGCCGAGCGCUACUUGAAAAACCUCACCAGUGAUACGAAAGCCGUCGUUGCCUGCAUUAACAGCCCGUCGAGUACAACAGUGGCCGGUGAUCUUCCCGCUGUACUGGAGCUGGAGGAAGUGCUUCAGAAGGAUGGAGUCUUUGGCCGCCGACUUCGAGUGGAAACUGCUUACCACUCUCACCACAUGGCGCCUAUUGCGGAGGACUACCGGAAGGCACUCCGAAAUAUGCAAGAUGGUGGAGCCAAAAUGGGGAACCGUACGGAUUCAAUCGUCUACGCAUCCCCAGUAACCGGUUACCGCGUGACCAAUGCGACAACUGUUGCAGACGCAGACCACUGGGUUGCUAGCUUGCUGAAACCCGUGCUCUUCGUCGAUGCGUUUACGGAGAUGGUGUUGGGCGAUUUUGACCCUGAGUCGGAUGCCUCUCCUUCCAGUAUUGACCUAGUUGUCGAGGUUGGCCCGCACACUGCCCUUGGAGGACCUAUCCAGGAAGUACUAGGCCUUCCGGACUUCGAAGGCAUUAAGCUGCCGUAUUACGGCUGCCUCGUUCGACACACCAAUGCGAUGGACAGCCUUCAAGCCCUGGCAGCCAAUUUGAUCCGCGAGGGCUACCCGGUUGAUAUGGAGGCAAUCAACUUCCCUCAUGGCAAGGGGUCUGAGAUUCGAGUGCUCACGAAUCUCCCCCCUUACCCUUGGAACCACUCAGUGAGGCACUGGAUUGAGCCGAGAGUUAACAAGGCAUUGAGAGAGCGCUCCCAAGCUCCUCAUCACCUUCUUGGCCAGUUAGUCCCUGGUACUAAUCUCAACGUGCCAUCGUGGAGACACAUCCUCCGUCCCACAGAAUCGCUGUGGGUCCGGGAUCAUAUGAUCCAGUCCAAUAUCCUUUACCCCGGGUGUGGUUUCAUCUCUCUUGCUAUUGAAGCAGUUCGGCAACAGAUCGACCUGAUCGCAGAGGAACAAGGCGAAUCAAGUCCCAGGGAGAUUGCUGGUUACCAGAUCAGGGAUGUGGAUGUCCUGCAGGCCCUCGUGAUUCCGGACACCACAGACGGUCUCGAGAUCCAGACUGUGUUGCGACCGGCCGAUGAAAAGGCAAUCGGCGUGCGAGGCUGGAAGCAAUUUGAGAUAUACUCGGUGACCGCUGAUAAUGAGUGGACACAACAUGCCCACGGAUUGAUCUUGGUCGAGUUUGGCGAUCCACAGCAAGCGACAGGUCUCGGGCUCGAGAAGAACAAGAAACGGCUGGACCCAACGGCUGGCUACGCCAAACGGAUCGAACCUGAUGACAUGUGGAAUGUCUUGACAGCGCUCGGGCUCCAGUACGGACCGACCUUCAGGAACAUCAAGAGCAUUAUCCAGUCAGGAAAGGAGAUGCGGUCUAUCAGCGAGAUUGUUGUUCCUGAUACUUCAGUGGCCAAGGAACUGCCGUAUAACCAUGUGGUGCAUCCGGCAUUGCUAGACGCAGCCGCCCAGGCCACCUUCACAGCUCUUCCAGGCGCAGAGUCCCGCCAGGAUUCGCCAAGAGUCUUCCAGUCAAUUGAGCGCAUUUGGAUUUCGAGCAAGAUCAGCAGCCAGAUCGGCCAUGCCUUCCAGGCCGACACUUUCCUGCACCGUGCGGAUGCGCAGGGUAUUGAAGCCGACAUCACCAUGGUCGACAAAGACGCGGGCGAUGGCACGAAGCCCGUUCUCGAGAUCAAGAAUCUGAUUUUCUCGUCCUUGGGAAGAAGCGCCUCCACGGGGGAUGACAAGCCAUGGGAAAAACAGCUCUGUACCACAGUCCACUGGGCUCCUGAUGCAAGCCUCGGGAUCCAGACCGCUAGCCUCAGACACGAGCUUGAUCAAGAUGAGAUUCGAUCCAUAACUGAUCUCCGACGUGUGUGUCUCUACUUCAUCCAGGAAGCAUUGGCCACAAUCUCGGCAGAUGAAGUGCGUCAAGUUGGUCCUGAACUUGAAAAGUUCUACACAUGGAUGCAGGAUCAGGAAACCAAGGCAAAGGAAGGAAAGCUCGGUCCUGGCAGCGCAACUUGGCUCCUCGACACCAAGGCUGAGCGCGAGAUUCGGACUGAUCUUGUUGCCAAAGCCAGCGUUAAGGGCAGCAUAGUUUGUCGUCUGGGGCAGAACCUGCAUGCUAUCCUUCGUGGCGAAAAGGCCAUGGAAUUGAUUCUGGACGACGGGUUGCUGGAGCAGUACAAGCAGCAAGAUCACCCGAGGACUCUAUCACAGGCCGCUGCUUUGCUGCGCCAGAUCGUACACAGGAACCCCCGAGCAUCCAUCCUCGAGAUUGAAGCUCUAUCUUCCGAUUCAACACUUGGCAUGCUCCAGGCUUUAGGCACGACUGAGUCUGGGGGUCCACUGGCUGCAUCCUACCACAUCGCCAAGAAGUCAUGGGAUGAAGAAUCUCAGACCGCGGCUCUCGGAGAGUUUGCCGCAUGGAGUGAUAUCCUGGCCCUUGAGACCCUUGACAUCAAAAAGGACCCCUCUACCCAGGCCCUCGAGUUGCAGGCUUACGAUCUUGUCAUUGCCGACCGGUCCUUGUCCUCCAAUAACUCCAUUACUGACUGCCUGGGCCAUGUACACAGUCUCAUCAAGCCAGGGGGUAAGCUGCUUCUGGUUGAAACUACCCAAGAUGAUCUUGACCGGCAAUUCGUGUUCGGUCUGCUUUCUGAGUGGUGGCAGGACAAUGAUGAGCUUGCUGGCGAGCACUGUCCUUCGCUCAGUCUCCAGUCUUGGGAACACUCACUCAAAGCCUCAGGAUUUAGUGGAGUGGAUGUCCACAUUCCUGACUGUGAAGCCAUCGAAAUGUACACGACAAGUGCGAUGCUUGCAACUGUGCCGUUUGCUACCCCGACGCAGCCACCCCCGUCGCAAGAUAUUGUGCUCAUUACCAGCAACAAGGCGGAGCCUGCUCUCGAUUCGACCUGGCUGGCAUCUUUGCAACACGAAAUAUCCGAGGCUGGUUCCGGUGCUGGUUCGCGACCCAAUAUCUUUGCUAUUGAAUCACUGCCCCUAGCCUCACUUGCAGGCAAGAUCUGCGUCUUUGUGGCAGAGAUCGAGAAAUCUCUCCUCAGAGACUUGGAUACGGAGACCAUGGAAGGUAUCAGAACAAUGGUUAUGAACUCCAAAGGUCUGCUCUGGGUCACACGGGGCGCCGCAGUCGACUGCCAGGACCCGGAGCUGGCACUCGCUCAGGGAUUCCUUCGGGCUCUGCGGAACGAGUAUCCAACUCGCCUCUUCGCGACUUUGGAUCUGGAUCCCGUUACUCCAAUUUGGUCUGUGGAUAGCGUGCCUGCAAUCCUGCAAGUCUUGCAGGCAAGCUUCGGUAGCACUGCCUCCGAGAAAAGCUAUACUGUCGAUCCUCAGCCUGGCGACUUCGAGUACGCGGUGCGCGACGGUGUCAUCCUGAUCCCAAGGAUUCUCAAGAACCAGGUCCGGAGCAAGGCGGUCUCCCCCGAUGAUGUUGCCGAUCAGGGCCCGUCGACCCUAGUCAGUCAGCCGUUGUACCAGCUGGACCGCCCUCUGAGCAUGCACGUUGGGAUGCCUGGUUUGAUGGACACUAUUGCUUUCGAUGAUGACCCUGCGAUGGCUGCCAUCAAUGACAAGUCUGCUCUCCCCUCCAACCUAAUUGAGGUCGAGCCACGCGCUUAUGGUGUCAACUUCCGUGACGUGAUGGUGGCCAUGGGCCAGCUCCACGAACGAGUCAUGGGCCUGGAGUGCUCUGGAAUCAUAAAGCGUGUCGGGGCUGAGGCUGCCAUCCAUGGCUACGCCGUCGGUGAUAAAGUAUUCUGUCUGCUACGUGGACCCUUCGGCAGUCGUGUUCGUGUCGAGUGGACCAACGUUGCGCAUAUGCCCGAAGGGCUCAGCUUCGAGGAUGCUGCCUCGCUGCCCGUCAUCUUUUGCACCGCGUAUAUAUGCCUGAUUGACAUGGCUCGUCUGCGACGUGGCCAGACUGUCUUGAUUCACGCCGCAGCUGGCGGUGUCGGGCAAGCCGCGAUCAUGAUCGCAAAGCAUUUGGGCCUCGAGAUCUAUGCGACCGUUGGAUCUGCUGAGAAACGUGACCUGGUGAAAACCAAGUACGGCAUCCCAGAUGACCAUAUCUUCAGCAGUCGCGAUGCAUCCUUUGCUGCCGGGGUCCUGGCUGCUACUCAUGGCCGUGGUGUUGACGCCGUUGUCAAUUCGCUUGCCGGGCCCCUGCUGCAGGAGAGCUUCAAUGUGCUGGCUCCGUUCGGCCACUUCUUGGAGAUUGGCAAGCGAGACCUGGAAAUUAACAGUCAUCUCGAGAUGCGACCAUUUACUCGCCAGGUUUCCUUUUCAGCGUUCUAUCUCUUGGCCUCGAUGCAGCACAGCCCUCUCGAGGUGCAUCGCGUGCUGAAUGCGAUAACUCAGCUCCUGGAGAGUCAGGCAAUUGCUCCCGUGCACCCGGUCACGGCCUUCCCAAUGGGCGACUUUGCGAAGGCCUUCCGUUUGCUUCAGACCGGCAAGCAUAUGGGUAAGGUUGUCCUUUCCACAGGGCCACAAGAGAUGGUGCCAGUCCGUCCGCGAACUCCGACGGCCAAGUUCUCCCCUGAAGUAUCCUAUCUCAUAGUAGGUGGCCUGGGAGGAAUUGGUCGAUCGAUCGCGCACUGGAUGGUAGCACGUGGAGCCAAGAAUCUGAUCUUCAUGUCGCGAAGUGCUGGUCGUGGCGGUCAUAAUCGGGUCUUCCUCAAUGAUCUUCGUGCGACUGGCGCUCUGGUCGGGGCUGUGAGUUGCAACGUCUCGGACAAGGACGAUCUUAUUCGCGCAUUGCGCCGUUGUGAGGAAAUUGGCCUCCCGCCCGUUCGUGGUGUGAUCCAGGCAGCCAUGGUGUUGCAAGAUACUGUUUUCGAGCAGAUGUCGCUGGCCAAUUGGCAAGCGGCCGUCCAGCCAAAGGUCCACGGUACAUGGAACCUGCAUCAAGCAUUUGACACCCCCGGAAGUUUGGAUUUCUUCGUGAUUCUCUCGUCUGUGGUCGGUGUCACCGGCAAUGCCAGCCAGGCCAACUAUGCGGCAGCCGGAUCUUAUCAAGACGCGCUUGCCCGUUGGCGUGUUGCGCGAGGUCUCCCAGCCGUGGCAAUUGACCUCGGCGCUGUCAAGGGAAUUGGCGUCGCUCAGGAGACAGCUGGCGUUCUGUCUCGUCUUCAGCGUAUUGGCCAUAUCCCCAUUAACGAGGAGCAGGUCUUGGCCGUUCUGGACAGUGCUAUCCUCUCGCCAUAUGAGCCUCAGGUCGUGAUCGGGUUGCACACUGGACCUGGUUCGCACUGGAAGAUCGACGGUGACUCUCCUCUGGGGCGCGAUGCUCGAUUCGUAGCAUUGCAGCCGGCUGAGGGUGGCCAGAAGAAUGCGGGUGCUGCAGACGGUUCCGGUUCGCUGGGCAGUCGACUGGCUGCCGCGUCCUCAUCGGUUGAGGCGGUUGACCUUGUCGGCGUUGCGAUCGCGGAGAAGCUAUCGGAUAUCUUCAUGCUCCCUGCCUCCGACAUUGACCUGGCAAAUAAGCCCGCCCACUUCGGUAUCGACUCGUUGGUUUCUGUGGAGCUGCGCAACAUGCUGCUGCAACAUGCCGGUGCCGAGGUGUCCAUCUUCGGUAUCAUGCAGAGCCCGUCUUUGGCAGCCCUCGCGGCUGAUGUUGCUGCCAAGAGUACACAUGUUCAGUGGGAUCGAUUCAAGGCAUGA